UUUUUUUGUCGUGUUGCUCAGCUUUAAAUGUAUUAUAUGGUAAAGUUAAUAUUCUGUGCUCAGUAUGUGUUUAUUGUAGUGCCAUUUUAACUCAACUUCUAUUUCCUGAUCUCUUCACUGACCCAGCCCCUAUAACAAUUCAAAAGUGAAAGUUAAAUCAUUAAUCUGAAAGUAAAAGUUGGUCUGCCGACAUUUUACGAACAUGAUUGUCCGUCAGCAAACCUUUUUAACGACAAUUUAUAGGAUUUAUGAUUAUUUUGUCUAAUUUUGUAUAUUUAAAGAUGUUCCUACCUAAGUUGUUUUUAAUGUCAAUAUUGCUGCACAUCGCUGAAGGGUUCACAGUGAAGGGUGCGUCAGGUCCUCUGGUUGUUCCUCUGGGAGGUUCAGUUCUUCUGCCCUGUUCUGUUGAUUCACUCUCAUCACUGAAGGAUCUGGAGGUGGAAUGGAAAAGAUCAGACUCACAGACUCUCAUUCAUCUGUAUCAAGAUGGAGAUAUUAGACCAGAAGUCCAGCAUGAGGAUUAUUCCGGUAGAGCUCAUUUCUUCACUGACGACAUUAAACAUGGGAAUUUCUCUCUCUUGCUGAUGAAUGUGACAGCUGAGGAUGAAGGUCAAUACACAUGUACAGUUCAUAAUGGACUGGAGCCUGGUGAGACUGUGCUGGAAAUUAAAGAUGUUGAGCGUCUGAUAGUGUCUGGAUCAGAUCAGUCCAUAUCUGUAUAUGUUGGUGAGGAUGUGACUCUGAACUGCUCUGUGGACUCUCACAUCCCACCUGAAGACAUUGAAGAGGUUUCUUGGAAGAAAACAGAUAAAGAUGAACACAUCACAGUUCUGCUCUAUCAAAACAAUGAGGUUUAUCCAGAAGCAUCAGAUGAGCAAUACACAGACAGAGUUGAGUUAUUCAGUGAUGAAAUCCACAGAGGAAACUUCUCUCUCAGACUGAAGAGAGUCAGAACUGAAGAUAAAGGACUUUACAUGUGUCAAGUGUUUGCUGGACGAUUCUCAGACAACACAACUGUAACACUGCAACAACUAGGUUUGUCUGGUUUUCACAUAAUGGUGUUGAUUUUGUGUAUUUCUGCAUGUGGAUCUGCUCUUCUGUUCUUCUCUCUUAUCUACUGCAGACCACAAACAGGGCUCCGUGUGGAAGGUUAUUAUUGGGUUUCUCUGGAAGAUUCAGCGGUUCUGCCCUGUUUUAUAAACAAACUCUUACCAGCUGAUGUAAAGAAGGUGGAAUGGAGUAAAUCAGGUUUAAAGGGUCCAGUGUUUGUGUAUCAAGAUGGAGAUAUUAAAGCAGAGGUCCAGCAUGAGGAUUAUCAUGAAAGGGCUCAUUUCAUCUCUGACAACUUUAAAAAUGGAAACAUCUCCCUCCUGUUGAAGAAUGUGAGAAAAGAAGAUGGAGGACAAUACACAUGUAAAGUUCACAGUGGAUGGAGAACUGUGUUAACAGUCAGUGUGAAUUUGGAAUAUGAUGAAGAUGAUUCAGAUUUUAUAGUGGAUUAUUCUAGUGAUUUGGUUGUUCCUCUGGGAGCCUCAGUACUUCUGCCCUGUAUUAUUGACAAACCCUUAUCAGAAGAAGAUAUGAAGGUGGAAUGGAGUAAAUCAGUAAAUCAGACAAAGUAUCCAGUGUGUGUGUAUGAAGAUGGAGCAGAGAUCCAGCAAGAGGAUUAUCAUGAUCGAGCUCAUUUCAUCAAUGCCGACAUUAAACAUGGAAAUUUCUCUCUCCUGAUGAAGAAUGUGACAAAUGAAGAUGAAGGAGAAUACAAAUGUAAAGUUUACAGUGGAGGCAAGUCUGUGUUUUCAGUCACCACAACAUUGGAACCAAGACUACUAGACACAGCUCUCCGUCUUCAGAUGUCUCUGGUCUUCUGUCCAAAUAUCAUCAUGUUCUUUGCAUUUGUCUUUUGGGGUGUUUCAGAAGGAUCAGUGAAUGAGACCGUCCUCUGCUGUACCCUUUACAUUGUCAGACCGCUCAUGUUACUGUUUACUGCCCCAUAUAAAGAACAGUUUACAGGCAAACUUCAAACACUUUUGAAUUGGAGUUUGCAUACAGAUUAUAUUUCUUUCACAACUGUUGUUUAUUCAGUUCUUUUCAAAUCUGCUUGGGAGAAAAGUCUGAAUUACACUGCGUCUGAGAGAGCCAUGAUCAUCGCCCUCUUUGUAAUAGUGCUUCUUUUAUGCCUCAUCUAUAUCAUUUACAUGUUGCUUCAGAUCACUGUGAAAUUGAGCCAGCGGGUAGACACUAUACUCGAUGUUGUGGCUUCUAUAACCUUUUAUGUUCUCCCAUCAUUACAAUUCGUCCUCCUGUUCUUCUCAUUUGGAUCAGCCACAGGAGGUUUCAUCAUUGUUGCAGUUUUGCCUGUCAUAACAUCAGCGACCAGAUAUGAUUGGAAUGAUGUAUGUGGGAAUGAUUUAGGCUGUUCACCUUUGGUCAGGAGAUUAGUUUGGAUCGUUUUAAUGUGUUUCAUGAAUACAGUACUGAUGUUUUUCUACAUCACAGCACUGGAGAAAGAAAAUGAUCGUGUUGGAUGGGCCUGUACGAUUGGGUUUCUUCAAGUAAUAUGGACAGUUUGGAAUUGUUUCGCGUCAUUUGGAGAUUGGGGUUUUACCCGUAUCACUGCAGUUUAUGUGUUUGGAUCAGUUGGUGUUGUUGUAUUCAGUGCUGUUGGACUGAUGACUGAACUGAUACUGAAAACACUUAAUGGUGAAGGUCUGGCGGGGGAUUUGAGAAUCAUCGUGUUUUCCUCUGAAAGUCUCUUCACUGCACUGGUGGUGAUGAUAGGCAUACUUUCACCCUGGAUCAAAAAGGAUCUGCAGUGUUGUCAGAUUCCAGCAAAGUGUAAAAAAGCUGCGCCCUCUGAAUCACCCCAGAAUCAGAAUGCAGCAGAUGAUCAAGAAAUGAAUCCUCUAGUGAAUCCACAAGAGACUGAUAAACAUAGAGAAGCAGACGAAACUCAACCUGAUUCACAAACAUGAGAGAAGAUUCAUCACAAACACUCUGACUACUCUACACUCUUGAGACAAACUGAGUUGUUUUCUUUAUUUGUACUGGAUUUUGUUUAUAUAAUUUAUAGUUUCAGUGUUUUUAUAGUUUUGUAAAUGUUUGUAUAUCGCUGUAUUCAGCUUCAUAAUUACUGAUGUUUGGAGAUGACACCACAUGAUGUGAUACUUAGUGCUGUUAACAUCCUUCGACUGAGGAUUUUGUGUAUUUAUAGCAACAGUAAAAACACAAUUUUUCGGUGGUUUUCUCACGAGAUUUGAAGUGGUCACGUGGUCACAUGUGGUACACUUGGUAGCUUUCAGGAAACUCCUGCCCCUGCAAGUUAUACUAGAACGUGAAGAUUUUUCAAUGUUUGAUUAUAGGUAAUUACGGUGAUUAUGGCAUGGUGUAAUCGCACCUUAUGUUUAUAAUGUUUGCUUGUGUGAAAGCACAUUUUCUUUGUAUUCAUGUAAUGUUGAUUUGAUUUUUAAAAAACAUUUACAUUUACAUUCUUACAUUUAAGAAUUGUUUUUUUAAUCAAAUGUAUAAAUUAAUCUGUGAUUUUCUCAUCAGAGACAGACAUUUUUCAUAAUUUGUAUUUCAAUACAUUAUAAUUCACCUUUGUUCAGUUAAAGUUUUGAUGUACUAUGAACACAUUUGCAGCACUGAAGUUGGAAGUUCAAUCUUUAUUUGGCCUUUUAGAAAUCGUUAAUAAUUCAGUAUUGCCUACUGACACUUUCUGUCAGACCUUUAAGAAAGAAAAACUCAAAUUCACCUUAACAAUAAGAAAUACCUUAAUUCAUUUCUGCAGGUGAAUUGUGUUCUCUCUGGAUAUAUGAGCUUAAGCUGAUAUUUGGUUGCUUUUACAAAGAAUAUUAAGGACUUAGUUGUGUACUGGCCCUGGUCGGGGGGGCUGCUUUAGAAUUCAGAAGUUAGACAUAAUUAAUAUUACAUAUAAGAAUUUACACUCCGUUUAAUAUCUGACCCGUGGUUCUCCUUUAUCUCAAAUGUGUGCUUCCACUGUGUGUGUGUGCGCGAGUGUGUUUGUGUGCGACUGUGUUUGUGUGUGUGUGUGCGAGUGUGUUUGUGUGUGUGUGCGUCUAUGUCAAUGUGUGUAAGUAUGUUUGCAUAUUGUGUGUGUGGAGCAUUUGUAUGUCUGUCUUUGUUGUUUUCACCUUGUUUUUACAGGUAUAUAUGCCUUUAGUUGUUUUACUUGUAGUCAAUGUGUUUCAUGUACAGCUGCUUUGUAACAAUGAAAAUUGUAAAAAGCACCAUAUAAAUAAAGUUGAGUUGAGUUGUACUCUUGAA